AUGUGGACAGCAAACACAGAAGGUAGACAGCAAACACAGAAGGUUGACAACAAACACAGAAGGUGGACAGCAAACCCAGAAGGUGGACAACAAACACAGAUGGUGAAAAGCAAACACAGAUGUUGGACAGCAAAUACAGAAGGUGGCCUGCAAACACAGAAGGUGGACAGCAAACACAGAAGGUGGACAGCAAACACAGAAGGUGGACAACAAACCAAGAAGGUGGACAACAAAACCAAGAAAGUGGCCUGCAAACACAGAAGAUGGACAGCAAACCAAGAAGGUGGACAGCAAACACAGAAGGUGGACAGCAAACACAGAAGGUGGACAACAAACCAAGAAGGUGGACAGCCAACACAGAAGGUGGACAGCAAACACAGAAGGUGGACAGCAAAAACAGAAGGUGGCCUUCAAACCAAGAAGGUGGCCUGCAAACACAGAAGAUGGACAGCAAACACAGAAGGUUGGCAACAAACACAGAAGGUUGGCAACAAACACAGAAUGUGGACAGCAAACACAGAAGGCGGACAGCAAACACAGAAGGUGGACAGCAAACAAAGAAGGUUGGCAAAAAACCAAGAAUGUUGGCAACAAACCAAGAGGUGGACAGCAAACACAGAAGAUGGACAGCAAACCAAGAAGCUGAACAGCAAACCAAGAAGGUGGACAGCAAACACAGAAGGUGGACAGCAAAAACAGAAGGGGGCCUUCAAACCAAGAAGGUGGCCUGCAAACACAGAAGAUGGACAGCAAACCAAGAAGGUGGACAGCAAACUCAGAAGGUGGACAGCAAACACAGAAGGUUGGCAACAAACACAGAAGGUGGGCAACAAACACAGAAGGUUGGCAACAAACACAGAAGGUGGACAGCAAACACAGAAGGUGGACAGCAAACAAAGAAGGUUGGCAAAAAACCAAGAAGGUUGGCAACAAACCAAGAGGUGGACAGCAAACACAGAAGAUGGACAGCAAACCAAGAAGGUGAACAGCAAACCAAGAAGGUGGACAGCAAACACAGAAGGUGGACAACAAACACAGAGGGUGGCCUUCAAACCAAGAAGGUGGCCUGCAAACACAGAAGAUGGACAGCAAACCAAAAAGGUGGACAGCAAACUCAGAAGGUGA